UUUUGCUUUUGUACUUUUUAAGCAUCGAAUACAUUCCAAUCUUGAAGUAAAAUAUUAUUGAUUUUACAAAAUGAAACUGUAUAUUAGUUCUGAUUUAAUUAUUUAUUAAUACGAACAGAAUCGUUUUUUGAUUAUAAUUUGGAGGAUGGAUACGUGUGUCAGAGGUUUCUCAUUCAUGCCUGAAGAUAACGCAGCCAACGAGUUAAAGUACAUUGAAGGCGAAGAGUUAGAAAGAACCUGGAAGUCUACCAGAAGGUUACGAGUAAAGAAAAGAGAAGAAAAAAUAUGGGAUGAAUUCGUCAAAGAACAAGAUAUCGUGCAUUCUGUGUGUGAAGAUGAUCCAUAUCAAUUCUUAGAAGAACUUCCCGAAGAAUGCUUGAAAGAACUCAUGAAAUCUGAACUGCAGAAGAUGAAGAACGAACAACUUCUUGAGGAGCUGGAGGCCUUUCAAUCUGAUGAUGCACAACAAUACAUGGUAGAAGAUGACGUGCACGCUCCACAACACGUAGAAGAAGUUCACCAUAUCAGUUACAAUGAAGAUGACGAGGGAGACGAUGGAGUGUUUCAUAUUUUCGAUUCAGAAAAGGACGAAGUUUCAGGUCAAGAAGACAAUCAAAUUGAUUCCACGGGCAGUCCGUGCACAGUCCGCGAGAAUAAAGACGACGCGCAGUCGUCGACGGACUCUCCGGAACUUCGGUUAUCCGGGAGAAAAGAGAAACCGGCCGAGAAUGUGGCCCACGUGAUUGAGAGCAGCAUCUACUGCGCCAAAGUUAAAAAUUUAAGGACGAAAUUAUGUGAAGAACUCUCAUCUAUAGUAACCACGCUGGAGAACCAAGAUCUAUCAUCGAUUGAGGGUAACGAGUUGACCAGAAUGUGCAAGAGAUCCAAUGAAUUCUGCAUACGAUUCAACAGAAUACAUAUGUACCAGUUGCAGAGGCAGCUCCAAGACUUGAAACGUCACACGAAAAAUGCUCUGCCGUUUGCCAAACACACCCAGUUCCAGUCAUUGAUGGUGAGGGUGGUGUCCCUGCAUCAGAACAUGCUUCAGGCUUACCAGGUCUUCAACAAGUCAAUAGAGCAGACGGCUUGUCUACGUGAGAGUUCAAAUGCGCUCGCAGCGCUCAUCCAAGCGACUAGACAAGCUUCUGACCUUUGCAAAAGUGCACCAGCGCCCAAAGACUUCGCCGCCGUUACUGACCUCUAUAAUGACGAACUACUGGUGUCGUGCCAGGAGCUAGAAGCAUCGAUGCAUGUUUACAAUUCAAAGGUCACGGAAUACAUGCAGGACAACGAUACUAACAGUAUAGCCACCUCAAGGAAGUCUAACAGAAAAUGUUUCGGGAAGAAAUCAGGUGUGAGAACUUGGUCGAAAUCUGGUCCCAGAUCGGGUACAGAGGAAAGAUUAUCCAUGUACUCUUUAGAUAAUAUUCGUCACAAUUUAAACGCUAAGUCUUCUAGUUCAAGAGAAAAUCAGUCCAGAGGUACAUCCAAAGUGCACAUAUCCAGUAAUAAUGUUGAUGGAAAAGAGACUAAUCAUAAAAGUGAAGGUGCAAACAAGACGAACAGGAAAUCUCCCAGAUUCCGCCGUCCGCUAAUGCGAGAUCCUCAUCAGGGGAGGCCUCGUAGUCAUAAACACCAGAAGGAUACAGAUAUCCAAACCAUGGUCGAAGCUGUUGAACCGUGUGCUUCAAGUCACAUCAGUCGCGAGGCGAGUCCCCAGACAACUCCUCAGGGUAGAAGCAACGAGACAACGCCUAGACUGAAGGAGCGCACGUGUCGAAACCCAAGCAAAGAUCAGCAGAGAAAAUCUCAACCCUCUACUCCUCGUUCGAAGAUUCUUCCACAAAGCCCUCAACUCAAGGACAACAGUGGAAUCCGAAAAGCCGUUAAUUCAAAUUCCAAAACAGCCCGGAAUUCUACACAAACGCAAGAGACUGCAAGCAAUGAAAUUGAAAAUAUUCCGAGACUUAAUUUGAAAAGUGGACGUGAUUUAGAUAAGGAUGAUGGAAAUGAUACAGCAGGGAUUGAUGACAAAUCUCCUAAAGUGAAGACUGGAGAAGAGAUUAGAAAAAACGGAGCUGGUGAAGAUCUGAUUUUGAAAGAGCAAAGAGCUAAAGGAGGAAAUAAGGUACCAAACUCGAUACCCACAGGUUGUGAAGUAACACGUCUCUUAAAGCAGCUGUGCAGUGGAGACAAGGCUGGAGGGAGACACGAACGCGUCAGUGGAACUAAAAACGCUCAGCUGGUCUGCGUAAGCGGCGGGAGUCCACGUCAGCCCAACACCCCUCAAUUAUUGAAGAUCCUAGAAGAAACAAUACAGAAAAAAACUCCGAGAUCGUUGUGCCAGAGGCCGUCACCAAAGGACGUGGACAGGUUCCGCUUGACCUUCAACAUUGAUGAGCAGACGUCUAACAAUCUGUUCCAGUACAGAACCAAAUUCGUCCAGCACAUGCUGACGAGUCCUAUGUAUGCUAACAGCACUAUUGGAAAACCCUGGGAGACGAUUGGCAGUAUAUCAGAGAAGAUUAUAGAUGAACUUCUGUUGAACUGCGCCAAGGAAAUGGAGAUACGUAAUUUUGUCGAUGAAAUAUACAAAUUUGAGACUUCUUGAGAUUAUCUAAGUUUUGUAAUUGUUAUUGAAUUUUUAAAUGGGUAUUAAUUAAAUUUGGUUUUGGGAAAA